GGCGAAAUUUGCGUCAAAGCUCUGCUGUGGAAGAAAGAAAACUUGAACACCAUGGAGUGCACUUUCCUGCCCCUGCACCACGCCCWGGGCAUAACCAGCACGGUGGAGGUGGCUAUGGUCACGCACCAAAAGGCUACCAUGAACCUGCUGGAUACCACGAACCCGAAGGCUACCACGAUCCUUAUGGUCAGCAAGAUCCUUACGGCAAGAGGGUGGGUCCCCCGACUCCGAAUCCAUCGGACAGACCGACACCCAAACCGUCCCCUCGACCAACCAACCCCCCGACCCCCCGUCCAACUCCAAGACCCACUCCUCGUCCAACGUUUACCCCGACUCCCCGACCCUCAAAUCGCCCCACCAAUAAUCCUACUCCGGUCCCAACAACCUUAAUGCCGACCCCGAGGCCUACUUUUAGGCCUACGACGGCACCCCCAACUGCCGAACCUACUCCGGCACCAUCUCCGGCACCAACGAGAGAACCAUCUGCUGAGCCUACGGCAGAUCCCACAAGAGAGCCUUCUGCCUUACCCAGUAGCUCCCCGUCGGCUAGACCAACAAUUUCUGCGCAACCUUCUAGUGUAGAACCUACCCAAAGUGAGGAACCAUCCGAAAAUCCAACGCAGUCUGAAGAACCAUCCGAUAAUCCAACCCAAUCCGAAGAGCCAUCUGACAACCCAACCCAAUCUGAAGAGCCUUCGGAAAACCCGACUCAAUCCGAAGAGCCUUCCGAGUUCCCCACACUCAGUGAAGAGCCUACCAUGGGUGAUUUACUCACUAUUGGUAAGUCAAAUUAAAAUCGUGUAUACGUGUGGCUCUUAGUGAACUGUAUGUCGAUCCUUGAGAKCAUCACUUUUCUUAUCCAUUCAAAUGUGUUUGCUUCUGUGCUCUCUUCCGACGGUUUCCAUCCCUUUUCUGCCCUACCAUCUUCGAAAAAAUAGCUGAAGUAGUAUGCGCACCACGAAACGCUAAUGUUUUUGCCAACCUAUGUACUGCGAUUCAAGCUGCACCGGGCAUAUAUGAUCUCUUAGAUGACAAUCUAGGCUUCGACUUUAUCAAUGGUAUCUUCGUCAUCGGCAUUCCAGAUCGAAUCCCAGUUGUCGACGGUCGUGGUGGAAGAAAACUCCAGGGCAACGCAAGAGGACUCACUUUGUUUGCGCCGAAUAAUGAAGCGUUCACGAGAUUGUUACGAAGACGAAUCAACACGUUGUUCAACCAGGCAGUUCCUGAGGUUGUAAUUUAUUUCCAAGGUCUCGGAGUCGACAUCGUGGUGGACACAGGCAUCGUUGAAGAUUUUUUCUUCAGCGUGGAUGGGCAGUUUUUCUUGAGACAAUUGCUCUUGGAGCACAUUGUUGGUCGGGAGCUCCCCGAAAUGAAACUCACUUGCAACAGAGUGAUCACCAUGCUCAGUAACGGGGAAACUGCCACGCAGUGUAUCCRUAACAACAACAACAAAAUUGUCCGAAAAAACCAGGUAGGAGAAGGAAACAACCAACGAAACGCACCGAGAAUCAUCAAUGCAGAUGUCGGAGCACUGAAUGGGGUUAUCCACGUUGUGAACAACGUGAUUCUUCCGCAGAGGUUUUUGCUUCCAGAUGUUAGCAACCCAGGAGAAGACUUUCCAAUCCCUUUCUUACCACCCAUCGUAAAUUCGGGACCCUUGCCUUGAUUGAAAGAUAAUGGCGAGAGUGAUGGAGAAUCACUGAGAUUGCUUCAGGCUUUAUUCACACUGAAGAGGAUCAAACACACAACGAAAAACACCCUGGCACGGGUGUUACGAUUGGUUAGAGUGGUGGCUCUUUUUUGUCUAUCACCUCUUCCCUCGGGGUUCAUUUCUUCGUUUUUCGAAUAGUCACAGGAAGCAGCACUCCAUCGACGGUACUGCUUCUAGUUUCCUACAUUUUCUUCCUUGCUUUCCUUGUGCACAAAUGUAUCUAUGUCCAAACCUUUACAAAAUGGAAGAAAACUAACUAAAAUAGUUCUACAAUG